UUCUGUCACUUUUCAUUCGCAUUUUACCAAGCAAAGCAGCAUGUUUUGGUCAACAGUGCUUCGAUAGCGGAGGAAAUUUUUUGGAAUAUUUCUUUAAUAUAUUUAGUUUCAUCUUGUGCUUAGGAACUCAAUUGGAUGUAAAAUGAAAAACCUACCCAAACUUACCAAUCUGCAGCCUCAAUUCAGCAGAAUUCCUGCCAAACAAAAUGAGAUUCUGGCCAAUCUCGGAACACCCCACGUUGAUUCCUUUAAUUAUAUGCUAGAGGAAGGUAUUGGCGAUGUGAUAAGAAAUCUAGAUCCGGUAGAGUUUGAACUCCCGAACAAAAGUCGUAUCAGUUUGCGCAUCAGCAGUUGUUCGAUAGCAAACCCAACGGUUCCACUGAAUCAAAUAAAUGUGAGGGAGAAAAGGAUCUUCCCUUCCGAGUGUCGACAGAAGAACGAAACGUACGCCGGAAUGUGUACCAUAGUAAUCGACUGGGACGUGGAUGGGCAGCCGAAACCUCCCAUAACGAAAGACAUUGGACACUUACCAGUUAUGCUGAGGUCUAAGGCGUGUAAUUUGGGAGGAUUGUCCCCUCAAGAACUGGUUGAACGAGGCGAACAUGAGGACGAAUGGGGUGGUCACUUUAUAGUAAGAGGACUGGAAAAAUUAAUUAGAAUGCUAAUCAUGACACGGAGGAAUUUUCCAAUUGCCUUGAACAGAAACUCUUGGAAGGAACGUGGAAAAGAGUUUAGCAGCACCGGUGUAUUAAUUCGAUGUGUAAGAACGGAUCAAACAUCUACGAAUAAUGUACUUCAUUAUCUGGUUAAUGGAUCGGCCAAAUUGAUGUUUUCCAUCAAAAGAUCGCUUUCGUUUGUUCCCCUCGUGAUGCUGUUGAAAGCAUUUUCGAAUUAUACCGAUAACGAGAUCUUCAAACGUUUGGCUGCAGGCUUCGAGAAUAAUCAAUAUUAUAAGCAUUGUAUACAAAAUAUGCUCCGGGAACUGCAUGAAGAGGGAAUCCACAAUCAAAUCGAGUGCAAAAAUUAUAUAGGAAAUGUUUUCCGCCAACGACUGUACAGUUUACCGUCCUGGUACACAAACGAGGAAGCAGCCGAUUAUUUACUCAAAACCUGUGUGCUCAUCCACCUGGAUAACGACUUGGAUAAGUUCAAUCUACUUGUUUUCAUGAUGCAAAAACUGUUUACCGCUGCACAGGGCGCUUGCAAGCCGGAAGGAGCUGACAGUGUAAUGAUGCAAGAACUGCUCCUUGGAGGCCAUCUCUACCAAAAAUUGUUACGAGAACAUUUGCAUACGUUUUUAAACAGUGUAAAGUUCAAUGUUUUGAAACUGUGCAAUGAUGCCGAUGCUCACAUCUCUCAAAACGAAAUGCUUAUGGCAUGCAAAAAUGCUGCAAACUUCGAUCGUUCCUUUAUCAAUUUUCUUUCAACGGGGAAUAUGCCAAAGGCCAGUGAAAUGGGUUUGAUGCAGGAUUCUGGAUUGGUUAUUGUGGCCGAGAAUAUCAAUCGUAUGCGUUAUAUGUCCCACUUUCGCGCUGUUCAUCGUGGCUCAUUUUUCGUUACGAUGCGAACCACAGAAGCUAGACAGUUACUGCCCGAUGCCUGGGGUUUCAUUUGCCCUGUUCACACGCCAGAUGGAACUCCUUGUGGUCUACUGAAUCACAUGACUUCCGAUUGUGUUGUGUCUAAAAGUGCAGAGCCCAAAAAGAUAGCAAACAUUGAAAGAUGCUUAAUCCGAUUCGGAAUGACGCCCAUCAACAGCAUUAAUUUUGACAGCCUUAACUUUGAGGACCGUUAUUCGGUUAUGCUGGAGGGAAGACUUAUCGGACAUAUUCCUAAAAAUAUUGCGUCAAAAGUGGUCCAGAAAUUACGUCUGCUGAAAAUCGAGGGUCAAGAAAUUCCGGAGGCAACCGAAAUAGCCAUGGUUCCAUCGAAAGAAGGCGGUCAAUAUCCUGGACUGUACAUCUUUGUUGGAGUAGCAAGAAUGAUGCGCCCUGUUCUAAAUUUGUAUGCCAAUAAAAUCGAGCUCAUUGGAACGUUCGAGCAAGUCUAUAUGGACAUUUGCAUUACUCAGGAGGAAGCCUAUCCAAAUGUGACGACCCACAUGGAACUAUCAAAAACGUCAUUCCUUAGCAACCUUGCGAAACUUAUCCCCAUGCCAGAUUGCAAUCAGUCACCACGAAAUAUGUACCAGUGUCAGAUGGGUAAACAGACUAUGGGGACGCCUUGCCACAAUUGGCAGCUGCAAUGUGUCGCCAAGUUCUAUCGUCUGCAAACCCCGGCAACGCCUCUGUUCAGACCAGUUCAUCACGAUAACAUUGAUCUGGACAACUAUGCCAUGGGCACCAACGCAGUCGUUGCGGUUGUUUCUUAUACAGGUUACGAUAUGGAGGAUGCUAUGAUCAUCAACAAAUCGGCAUUCGAGCGUGGUUUUGCACAUGGCAACAUCUACAAAAAUGAAUUCAUCGAACUCAAAGGGGAUAGUUUCUUCGCACGUGAUCCACGUGAUGACAACCUGAAACCUUUCUUGGAUAACGAUGGCCUUCCCUUCAAAAGUUCUAAACUCACGUUGAAGUCUCCCCUUUACUGCUAUUUCGAUACAAACGACCACAGCUACCAUGUGGUAAAAUUCCACGGCCACGAAGAUGCAUUCGUCGACAACGUGAAGCUUUGUGGGUCCACAUCAUCUACCGCGCCUAAACGGGCAGUAAUCACCUUCCGGAUAGUAAGGAAUCCCAACGUUGGUGACAAAUUUGCUUCUCGAGCCGGCCAGAAAGGUAUUUGCUCCCAAAAGUGGCCGGCCGUUGAUCUACCCUUCACCGAGUCGGGUAUGAUUCCGGAUAUCAUUUUCAACCCGCACGGUUUUCCGUCGCGAAUGACAAUUGCCAUGAUGAUCGAGACAAUGGCAGGGAAAACUGGUGCUUGCCACGGUCUGGUGCACGAUGCUACACCCUUCAGAUUUACCGAGAACAACACAGCCAUCGACUAUUUCGGACGGCUGUUGGAAGCUAGCGGGUACAAUUACUUCGGUACUGAGCGGAUGUACAGCGGCGUUGAUGGUCGAGAAAUGAAAGCUGAUAUAUUUUUUGGGAUAGUCCAUUACCAACGGUUGCGUCACAUGGUUUCGGAUAAGUGGCAAGUCCGAUCCACGGGGCCCUUGGAUCAGCUAACCCAUCAACCAAACAAGGGGCGAUCCCGCGGAGGAGGAGUGCGAUUUGGGGAGAUGGAACGCGAUGCUUUAAUAGCGCACGGGGCAUCAUUCUUGCUUCAGGACCGAUUGUUCCACGGAUCGGAUAAGAUUACUACUCUGGUUUGCAGAAGCUGCGGGACACUGCUUGGGCCAAUCAGUAGCAUUACGAAAAAGGUAGCUUCAAACACCACGGAGACACAACGCACGCCUGCGACGUGCAGGCUCUGUCGUAGCGAUAGAGAGAUUGGGUACGUCGAAAUACCGUACAUUUUUAAGUUUUUGGUGUCACAACUGACGGCAAUGAACAUCAAUGUUAAGCUGGACCUGGAAAUGCCAUUACUGUGAAAGGUAAUUAUAGAUUAUUUUUAUUUUCCUUAGGAUUGUUUCAAUAAAUGUUGAUGAAUUUAUAUUAAUUCAAACGACA